GUGCAUUAGUUGCAGUUCGUCGUUGGUGCGGUGCAGUUGUGUCGCUUAAACUUGGCUUUGAAAUCAAUUGACGGAGUGACAUUGGGUCCACACACAGAGUGUAAUUGUAAUUGAUUUUGACCUUAGAAGGCACUUGCUGGAAACAUUAGAAAAUGCCCUUGGAAAUCAAAAACGUGCUCGUCUGUGACGCGGUCGACAAUUCGUGCGUGAAGCUGUUGCAGGAUCACGGUAUUAAUGUUGAUUAUAAGCUGAAGCUUACGAAAGAACAGCUCGUGAAAGAAGUGAAGGGCUAUGACGCACUCAUCGUGCGCUCGGACACCAAAAUAACGGCGGAGAUUCUGGACGCCGGGGCUGGCAGCCUGAAGGCCGUGGGACGGGCCGGGGCCGGCGUGGACAAUAUCGACAUCCAGGCCGCCACCAGGAACAACGUGCUGGUGCUGAACACCCCCGGCGGCAACUCCAUCUCUGCCUGCGAACUGACCUGCUUCCUGAUCGGAGCGCUGGCCCGGCCAAUCUGUCCGGCCGCCGGUAGCAUGAAGGAGGGUCGCUGGGAUCGCAAACUGUACUCGGGCAGCGAGUUGUACGGCAAGACGCUGGCCAUUCUGGGCCUCGGUCGGAUUGGCCGUGAAGUUGGCAUCCGGAUGAAGGUGUUCGGAAUGCGGGUCAUUGGAUUUGAUCCGAUUACGACGCUGGAGGAGGCUCGUGCCGCGGGCAUUGAGAAGAUGGAGCUGGACCAGAUUUGGCCACUGGCGGAUUACAUUACCGUGCACACGCCGCUGAUUCCGGCCACCAGAAAUCUGAUCUCAGCGACCACGCUGGCCAAGUGCCGGAAGGGCGUCCGCGUGGUGAACGUGGCACGUGGUGGCAUCGUGGACGAGGCCGCCCUGCUUGACGCACUCGAGAGUGGCCACUGCGGCGGUGCGGCCGUCGACGUCUAUCCGGAGGAACCGCCGAAAUCGGAAACCACCAAAAAGCUCAUCAAUCACGUGAGGGUGGUUGCAACGCCACACCUGGGAGCAUCUACGUCAGAGGCCCAGGUGCGAGUCGCUGUGGAAGUCGCGGAACAAUUCAUCGCCCUGACGGGGACGUCCGAGGAGUACACCGAGUAUGCCGGCGUCGUCAAUCGGGAGGUGUUGAAGAAUGUGUUUUAAAUUGAAUUGCGGCUGCUAUUUUUCGCAUGUAAUUGAGCCUGAACUUGGAUGUUGACUUUGUCGAUUUUGAAAGCAUUUAUAAUUAGAAUAGGAAAGGUAUUGCUCACUUUUGUUUGAAUGUAAAGGAACUGAUAAAGGUAGCAAUGUCAAUAAAUGAUUAAAGAUCAAAAA